AAAUGAAGCGCAGAGACUCGCACUAAAGUCAGACGCGCGCGGCUUUUGGAGAGUCAAGUCUGGUCAAGUCUGCACUCACCAGUGACCCUCCUGCGUAGGCUAGUAGCUGUAGUUUCCAUAAACCUCCAGAGAAAUGUCAAUGUGAAAAGUUAUUUGACAUCAAUAUCGUUGCCGAAUAAUUUUCCUUGCAUCUCGUUUCAAGCCAGGGAGCUCCGAACUGGAUCAGUAGAGCUCUUGAUGCGGAGAGCUGCCACAGUUCAUUCGAUAUGUACAGUUUAUACCUGAAAUCAUUUCUUAAAGGGAUUUGAAUUCCUUUUCCAAGAGGAUUUUGACAUUUUAUUUUUUGUGUUUUAAAAUUGAUGGAUUAUUGAGACGUGGAAAUUGUAAAGCCGAGUUCGGUAAUAACUGGAGUUUUUUCAGAGGAUAUUCAAAUUCUCACACUUAGUUACGCCGGAAUAAAACAUUUGGAAAGGGAUUUACAACACGUUUACAAGAGGAAGAUAAUCAAAUCGGAUCCCCGCUUUUACAGAUUCUUGACUGAAUCUAAAAAGGCUUUUUUUUAAAGGCUUUAAUUCGUCGUGAUGUGGAUUUAUUUCUACUUCGUUCUUUUUCUAUUAGACGGAGUUGCGUACUCCUCGGGCGGUUCCUAUUCGGGCCUGGCUGGGACGGGUGCCCAUGGCUGGGUGGAUUGCGUGAGGGCCAGUGACAUGUGCAACCAGAACCCCCAGUGCAGCUCCCGCUACCGGGUGAUGCGGCAGUGCCUGGUGGGCAGAGAAAGGGACACCAUGCUGGCCAACAGGGAGUGCCAGGCUGCCCUGGAGGUGCUGCUGGUCAGCCCGCUGUAUGACUGUCGCUGUAAAAGGGGCAUGAAGAAAGAGCUGCAGUGUCUGCAGAGCUACUGGAGCAUCCACAUGGGCCUGACUGAAGGUCGAGAGUUUUAUGAAACAUCCCCUUAUGAACCUGUGAUGCCUGUUCGCCACCCUGAUGCAUUCCGUCUCGCUUCCAUUAUCUCAGGGAUGCACACUGUCACCCCUAAAGCCAACACCUGCUCUGACCCCAGCAAGACUUGUAACCCGUGCCUGGACGCAGCGAAGGCCUGCAACCUCAACAACACCUGUAAGAAACAGCGCUCCACCUACAUUGCCACUUGCAGCAAAGGGGAACCGUGUAACCGUAAGCGCUGCCACAAGGCCCUGAGGCAGUUCCUGGACCGUGUGCCCACCGACUACAGCCACCAGCUGCUCUUCUGCCCCUGCCAGGACCUAGGCUGUGCUGAACGGAGGAGGCAGACCAUCGUGCCCUUCUGCUCCUUCGAGGACAAAGUCAAACCCUACUGCCUGGAGCUAAGGAAGAACUGUCGCCAAGACCCCCUCUGCAGGUCUAGACUGGCAGAUUUCCACAUGAACUGUAUGGUGUCUCAGCAUACGGUCAGCAGCUGCCCAAAUGAGGACAACUACCAGGCCUGUCUGGCCUCCUACGCCGGCCUCAUUGGGACAGAUAUGACUCCCAAUUACGUGGAUGGCAGUUUCACCAACUGGACUGUCUCCCCAUGGUGCACCUGUAAAGGAAGUGGGAACCAGGAAGAGGAGUGUCAGAGCUUUCUGAAGGACUUCACAGAGAACAUGUGCUUGAGAAAUGCCAUUCAAGCAUUUGGUUAUGGAACAGACAGUCUCUCCCACAAAGCUGAGUCUGUCCCAUCGACCUCCUCCAUGAAGCCUGGAUUAGAGACCUCAAUCAGCACCUCAGAGCCUCUAGAUAACCCCAAUGAUGUCCAGCCUGAGGAUGAGGCCAACGGGAAGGGAAAUGUACCAAAGUGGAAUCUCUCAAAAGGCUACAUUGGUGGAGAUGAGCCUUUACUGGAGCCCAGCAGUGGUUACGAUGGCCUGACCAGACCCAAGGGUCCUCCUGAAGAUGGGUCAGCCUGUGUCUGUGCCAGUGUCUGGGCGCUGCUGCUCAGCCUGACCGCCGCCGUGGCCAACUAUGCCCUAUAAACCUCCCGGUGGGUUGUCGGUGACCAACAAGCUGAUCCCCAACACAGAUGCUUGUUCAAGGAUGUUUUUUUCUUUCUCCCAGGCAUUGUCAUGCUAUUUCAAAAAGGAGAGGCAGAGAGAACACAAUCUGAGAUAAACUGAAAUAUUAUUUAUUUGAUGUAACAUUUUGGGUUUUGAGGACCACUACGAUCGAGAAAAUGGCUUAUGGACCCUUAUCGUGGUGAAGCCUCAGUGGCCGUUGGCAGUGGCUAUCUUCCCAUCAGUAACACUGACAAAGACUCAAAGUAUCAUGUCAAAGACUUCUGCACUGCUGUCAUGACAAAGAGGAGAGCGAGAAAGACAGAGUGAGAGAGUGAAAGAGAGAGAGAGUGAGAGAUGGAAAUGGAGGGAGAGAGAGAGAGGAGAGGAGAGAGAGCUAUGCUGUCUGUCACGCGUUUUCCUCUUGAAACAGUGCUUGCCUUUUUAAAAGGACAAACCUCAAACUUUGUUUCCAUUACUUGCAGACACAGAAGAAUUAUGAUAUUUGUGUCUUUUCAAAAGUGUAAGGCCUAGAUUCAAUCAGAUCAAGCAUUAACCAGGUAGAACUGUGUUGGAGCUCUUGUGAUCAUGGUCAUGAAGUCACACCUGUCCCACUCACGUUAGAAGUUCAGAACGAGAAAGUGUAGGCUAUAUAUUUACUCUCAAAUUGAAAAUCAUUCAACUAAAUACUGAGGAUUUCUAUCAGCCUAAUGAAGAUGUAAAUUACAUCUCACAUUCCAGUGUUCCAACUUAUAAACAAGGCUGCAUGUCAUUUAUAUUAACGUGACUCUGUGCAGCCAAUGGCAAUGACAAUUGUAACACAGUUCUACCUCUGACACCGUCAAAACAUCAGCCAUGCGGAUGUCGGCUGAAGCGGAUCUGAUUGAAUCGGCCCUAAAUCAAAAUUCAACUCAGUGUAUCCAUGUUGGUAUAGUAACGGUGAACAUUAUCUAUUUUUUCAGCGGACAAAAAAAUUAAACACCAUGUUAACUGGUUCUUAUUGUUGAUAAUGAAUUAGAGUAAAUAUCCACACCGUCUGUGUAUAUAACAAACUGUUUUCUUUCAAUCAACCAAUAUAAAAUAAACUGUUUUCUUUCAAUUAACCUGUAUAAAAUUAACGGUUUUCUUUCAAUCAACCAAGAUAAAAUAAACUGCUUUGUUUCAAUCGACCUGUAAAAAAUAAACUUUUCUUUCAAUGAACCUAUAUAAAAAUAAACUGUUUUCUUUCAAUUAACCAAUUUUACCUAUUGGUAUUACCUUAUGGUCAAGGCGAUAUGACAGCAUUGUAUUGUUGAGUACGCAGAACAAAUUUUGAGGGCAAAGUUGGCACUGUCUAUGAAGAAAAAAGUUGCCAAUGAUACUGGUUGUAUGCCUUUGUUAUUUGUAUUUCUUUUUGUCUAUACAGGUUCAGAUCAUAGUCAAAUAUAAUGUAUAGAGGGAUGAAAUUAAAUUAGCUCCAUUUGCUUGGAAAGUCAA